AUGGAGUCAUCAGCCGGUGUAUCUCACAGCGUACAGCAUCUUGCCGGCACUGUCGCAAUUGUGACGGGAGGCUCCAACGGCAUCGGAGCGCAGACCGUCAAACUCCUCUCUUCUCAUGGAUCAAAUGUGGUCAUAGCAGACCUGGAAUCUACAGCGGGCGACGCCGAAGCGCUCAUUGCGUCACUGUCGCACCCGCAAAAUGCCAUGUUCUUUCCAACGAACAUUCUCAUCUGGGAAGAGAUGAAGCUCCUGUUCCGGCACACGAUCGAGCGCCUCGGGCGUGUAGAUAUUGUCAUCGCCAAUGCAGGAAUAAUGGAGAGCAAAAGCGUGUUUGACCUGGCAGCGCUCGACAGCCAAGGGGAGCUGCAGGAAUCAGUCGAAGGGUUCAGGGUCUUGGACGUCAACCUCAAAGGUACAUUCAACACAUUAAGGUUGGCGUUAUUUCAUAUGCAAGGAAACAAGCCGUGUUUCCCGAUUUCCUCUCGAGGAUCCAUCGUUCUCAUCACUUCGACCUCGGGAUAUUUUGGCAGCAGCGGCGUGGGGGCAUACGUUGCCUCCAAACACGGUGUAGUUGGUCUUCUUCGAUCAUGUCAGAUGACCGCCCAGGCCAUCAGUGUGAAAGUGAAUGCUGUUGCCCCGUUCUACACGCCAACUCGGACGUUCUCGAACCUUUCAGAGAAAUAUGGAACUUCAGAACUGAAGGCAAAUAGCGUGGAGGAGGUCGCGAACGCAAUCGUGCAGACAUGCCUCGCUUCUGUUAGCGGGAGAUGUGUUCUUGUCGCCGGAGGGCUAAUGCGAGAGAUGGAAGCAACCAGGACCGGGCUGAUGUCCGCAUGGCUCGGUGAAGACAUGGCCGAGAUUCUUCAAUCUGCCGGUAAACUGUUCGCUGAAGGAGGCUAUCCGCUUCCAGAGAGGAGAAUCGAUUCACCCAUGUAG